GUAUGUGUGUGUGUGUGUGUGUGUGUGGAAAAUACGUCGUCAGUUGUCGCAUAUAAGCACUGUGGCGGGCUCGUGUAAUUCAGUCGUGACAUUUGCAAGUUACUAGAGACUGCUGCCCUCUUGUAUUGUGGCCGACACUUUUGUAAGAGGAAGGAUGAGGAUUUUCACAUUGGUCUUGGGUGUGCUGGUGGCGACGGCAGUAGUGAACGCGGCUCCCGGCAAUCCCUGGGACUUCGUAAAGGGUGCCGUCCAGGGGACAGGAGAUAUGGUACGAGCUUACAAGGACAUGAGAAGAGCCAACUGGAGGAAUUCAGAUCGUUACUUCCACGCACGAGGGAACCAUGACGCCGCCAGCAGGGGAGCUGGAGGACGAUGGGCAGCCAGGGUUAUUAGCAACGCCAGGGAGACUGUAGAUCGUUUGAGAGGAGGAAGCGCUGCCGACUCUGCCCGUGACCAGGAGGCCAACAGGUGGGGCAGGAAUGGUGGGAAUCCUAAUCGCUACCGUCCAAGAGGACUUCCAUCACAAUAUUAGGGGAAAACAGCAGACUCAACUCCACCAGUGUAUGGAUCAGCACUACAUACAUGAAGAGCCACAUAGUCCUUACUAUCCAACCGAACCAACAGUAACCAAUUGUAAGUGCUUUCGACACUCUUAUUGCUAUCUUAAUAGUUACCAAUGAAAGGCCAACCAAACUAUUACGUUUCUGUUGAUUUACAGGAUAAAACUUAGGGCAUCCCAUAUUCUGCUCUUGUUGCCUCUGAACAUACGUUUUGCUUUUAUAGUUCACUUCAUAUAACAUGCAUCUGUUAAAAACCACGUGCAGCAUUGUCUUUUUAAACUAUUUUAGGAAAACGAUAUGUACUCUUAGGUAUAUUAAGUGUCAGAAUGUUUCGCUCGAUGUCAACACAUGGCAGUCAUUUGCUACAGCGGCAUUCGCUGGUCGUUGCUGAUAUGUUUUAUUGCAAUAUUGUGUUUAUGUUCAUUCAUUCUAUUGAGCUGUUUUGUCAUGGUUCAUUAAAAAUUACAUACUGAAAUAUGUAUACUGUAAUAAACGUAUAAUAACAGUAA